UGUUUUGGAAUUAAUGCAGGCACAGAAUUGUGGAAGGUGUAUCAGUGGCUAACAAAGAAGAAGGCUGAGGGUGGUGGAUUAUGCAUUUUAAUUGAAGAGUAGGGUGUGCAGAAGCAAUAAAAAAAUGGCUUUCGAGCCAUUGGAUUGGUUUUGCCGUCCGGUGGCUAAUGGGCUGUGGACAAGAGCAGUGGCUAAUGCCUUUGGUGCAUACACACCCUGUGCUACUGAUUCUCUGGUCAUCAGUCUAUCUCACUUGGUGCUAUUGGCUCUGUGUGUCUAUCGAAUAUGGCUGAUCAAGAAAGAUUUCAAAGUCCAGCGGUUCUGUCUGAAGUCAAAGUACUACAAUUAUUUAUUGGCAUUAUUGGCUGGUUAUUGUACUGCUGAGCCGCUGUACAGAUUGAUGAUGGGUAUUUCAGUUUUGAAUUUAGAUGGACAGACUGGUCUUGCUCCUUAUGAGAUUGCAUCCUUGAUAAUUGAAGCUCUUACAUGGUGCUCUCUGCUGGUGAUGAUUGGAGUGGAAACUAAAGUGUACAUCCACGAAUCUCGAUGGGUUGUCAGAUUCAGUCUUGUUUAUGCUUUGGUAGGGGAUGCAGUGAUGCUCAAUCUGAUAUUUUCAGUGAAGGAGUUCUGUAAUAGCUCUGUACUGUAUCUGUAUCUCAGUGAGAUCUUGGUUCAGGUUUUGUUUGGAAUACUCCUCCUGGUAUACCUCCCUGAUUUGGAUCCUUAUCCCGGUUACACACCAAUGAGGACCGAAUUGGUUGAUGAGGCUGAAUAUGAAGAACUUCCUGGAGGAGAGCAAAUAUGUCCUGAAAAGCAUGCCAAUAUAUUUUCCUGGAUAUUCUUUUCAUGGAUGAGUCCCCUCAUGCAGCAAGGGUAUAGAAGACCUAUUACAGAGAAGGAUAUCUGGAAGUUAGACACAUGGGAUAGGACAGAAACAUUGAAUGAAAUAUUUCAGGAAUGUUGGGCUAAAGAAAUGCAAAGGCCUAAACCAUGGCUUUUAAGGGCAUUGAAUAGUAGCCUAGGAGGAAGGUUUUGGUGGGGAGGUUUCUGGAAGAUUGGCAGUGAUCUCUCCCAGUUUGUGGGGCCGCUUGUUUUGAACCACCUGCUACAGUCCAUGCAACAAGGUGAUCCAGCUUGGACUGGUUACAUCUAUGCAUUCUUAAUUUUUGCUGGAGUGGCUGUUGGGGUGUUAUGUGAAGCUCAGUAUUUUCAGAAUGUCAUGCGUGUUGGUUUUCGGUUGAGAGCUACCUUGGUUGCUGCUGUAUUCCGCAAAUCUCUUAGGCUAACUCCUGAGAGUCGUGCGAAAUUCACAUCUGGAAAAAUAACCAACUUGAUGACAACUGAUGCUGAAGCACUUCAGCAAAUAUGUCAAUCACUUCACACACUGUGGUCAGCUCCCUUCCGUAUUGUUUUUGCAAUGGUUCUCCUUUAUCAGCAGCUUGGUGUUGCUUCUCUUCUUGGUGCAUUACUGCUGGUUCUUCUGUUCCCCAUACAGGUAUGUGAUUUUUCUCUCCUACCUAUUUCUUUUUCUAUCUUUUAAAUUAUUGAUUUGACAGUGCAACUGUUGC